AUGUCUCAUCAUCGACCUAAGGCUAAGGAAGGCAUCAUCUGGGUUCCGGGAAUGCCACUCGGCCCCGGUGCUCCUCAUAAUGUAGAAUUCAAAAGGAGACUCGAGAGUUCUGAAAGGUUUACUGGUUCGGGAACCGUAUUUGACCCAAUGGUCAUUUGGCUUGUAGAAACUGCAGAACAAGACGAAGAGAAGCUAUUGGCCAUCGAGAGAGUUGUCAGGCAAGAAACUGCAAGAUUUGGCCUAAGUUACGCGUGGCUUCAAUCCGAUGCUCAUUCAACGAGCACUAUAGCGGUCACUGCAGGUCGGCGCGUCAUGAACCCAGAUGAUUUUCACGUCACCUUGCGAAUGGGCGACAGGGAAGACAACUGCAAAGUCCACGGUCACAUUUACCUCAUCUGCGAGGACAAUGACUUACACAACGUAGUAACUCGGCCUAUGGAACACUCGGAACGCGGUGUCGUCGGGGGAAGAAGUCCCCAGCUAUGGGUUUGGGGCAGAUAUCCUUCCCAAUAUCCUCGGUCUAAUCUGCCGCCAGUGGUAACCCCCCACAAGAUCAUACCUGGUUCAAUCCUGGCAGAACAACAGCGCAAGAAAUUUUAA